UUUUUUUUUUGAGAUGGAGUUUUGCUCUGUCACCCAGGCUAGAGUGCAGUGGCAUGGUCUCAGCUCACUGCAACAUCCACCUCCCAGGCUCAAGCAAUCCUCCCACCUCAGCCUCUUGCUAGUUGGGACCACAGGUGCGCACCACCACGCCCGGCUAAUUUUUCAAAUUUUUUCUAGAGACGAGGUCCUGCUAUGUUGCCCGGGCUGGUCUUGAACUCCUGACCUCAAGCUGUCAUCCGGCCUUGGCUUCUCAAAGGGCUGGAAUUGCAGUUGUGAGCUGCCGCGCCCGGUCAACUGUUUUUCCUUAAAUUACUUUUUGGUUGUCACUUAUCUCAAUAAAUAUUAAUAUAUGUUUAUAAAACCUUUCUCUUAUCUGAAGAGCUGACCUCAACCACUCAGGGUUGAGUCCCUGUGAUAAGGUUUGAGGGUGCCUGAAAUGUCAUCAUGAUUCGUCCUUUGGGCUAAGCUGAAACUUCGUGACUUGUCAGGAAAAUCAAUUAAGGUUAUUUGCCGAUAAUACAAGCAUUUAACACCGUGAAGCGGGUUUUAGGCAGGAUUCCCUCUUUUCCACUGCAAAGAAGAGGUAAGUGCUUGCUGAGGUGAUCGAGGUCCUCGCUGGGGCACUGGGAAGGUGGCGGGAGUUUGGAACGUGCAGUAGUUGCGUUCUGGAGUUUACUGAGGCUUUCCGAGUGGGGAUUCCACCCAACAGGUCUUAGGGCGCCCCUCCCUCUGGGCGUGGCAGCCCGGGGCGUGGCUCCUGGCACAGAUCCGGAGCAUUUGUCAUCGGAGUCAAUUUCAGGACUCCAGCUCCAAGCUUUGGGUUUCCAUAAUUCUGGGGGCUUGUCUCCCUGUCCCUCCCCCCUCAACUAAUUUCCCUCCGUCCCUGGCGCUGCCCGGUGCCUUGGUGCCUUCGGUCGCUCGGGCCGCCCCUCUCCGCGACUUUUUUUUUCUUUCUCUCGCUGGCUCUUUCAGCAUCAGUUUCCAUAGGGGGCUGGAGGGGAAUGAUAUUUGGGGGCUUCCCUGCCUUCCUCUCCGAGCUGCGGAAGGGAAGACGCGGGGAAGAGGUCCGAGCGGCUUUGGGCUCCAGCCAGGGGUCCGCGGAGACUGUGGUCUUUGACGCGGGGCAUUUCGCGAGCUAUGCGCCCCUCUCCGCAGUGCCACCCUCGCCGGGAGUCCAGUCGCACUGCGCUGCACCGAUCUCAGGAGCUCCAGGCUCCCCGCCCCCGACUCGACGCUCCCGCGCUCCCCCUAGCGGCCACCGUGCUGCCUCGCUGUGUCCCAGGCUUGUCGGCUGCUCAGCUCACACGGGAGAGGGAAGAAACAAGAGCGCGGCUGAAGCCGAUUCUGAGUGGGGCCCCAGCAAUUCGCAAUGAGCGUUUUCCCUCCACCCGCUUCCGCCGGCCGGGCCCGUCCUGCGCGGCCCCGCAGGCCUCCCCACCCGGUCCCGGGGCUCCCCACCGCCCCCCCAACCCCGCGCUCGCCCCUCUACCUCCGCUUUCCCUUCUCCGCCCGCCUGGGCUCCGAAAUUGAGGUGGGGCAGACCGCCCAAGCAGCCCGCGGCUCCCGCUGCGGAGCGCUGCGCCUCAGCCCCGCUGCCGCCGAGGUUCGGACCAUCGGGGGACUCCGCUCGCAGCACCGCGGUAGCAGCAGGGCCAGGUUGAGGUGGCCUUCAAGAGGCGGCUGAGCUCGCCCAUAGGGAGCAGCAGUAGCCAGAGGAAGCGGCCGCUGGCCCAAGCACCAGCGCCCGGGUGGAGGGGGCGAGGAGGCGGGGACAGCAGCCGCGGCCACCUGGCUCGGACUACCGCCGCCUGGAGGGCGGUCAACAAAGUGGUGUACGAUGACCACGGAGCAUCUUCCUGGAGCGAGGAGGAAGAGGACGGCGACGCCGAGGAGACCCAGGAUUCUGAGGACGACGAGGAGGAUGAGAUAGAGGGCGACGACGAUGACUCCGAUUAUCCGGCGGAGAUGGAAGACUACGACGACGACGCCAGUUACUGCACGGAAAGCAGCUUCAGGAGCCAUAGUACCUACAGCAGCACUCCAGCCUCGUGGCGGAACAUCUGACCCUUCAAGAGGAAGGAUGAAAGCUCUACAUAGGAACACGAUGUGAAUGGAAGAAACCUGUCAUUAUGCAAAUAAUACGACACUCUGAACAGACCCUAAAAACAGCUCUCAUCUCAAAGAACCCAGUGCUUGUGUCACAGUAUGAGAAAUUAGAUGCUGGGGAACAGCGUUUAAUGAAUGAAGCCUUCCAGCCAGCCAGUGAUCUCUUUGGGCCGAUUACCUUGCAUUCUCCAUCAGAUUGGAUCACCUCCCACCCUGAGGCCCCCCAAGACUUUGAACAGUUCUUCAGUGAUCCUUACAGAAAGACACCCUCUCCAGACAAACGCAGCAUUUAUAUACAGGCCAUUGGCUCUCUAGGAAACACCAGAAUUAUCAGUGAAGAAUAUAUUAAAUGGCUCACGGGCUACUGUAAAGCAUAUUUCUAUGGCUUGAGAGUAAAACUCCUAGAACCAGUUCCUGUUUCCGCAACAAGGUGUUCCUUUAGAGUCAAUGAGAACACACAAAACCUACAAAUUCAUGCAGGGGACAUCCUGAAGUUCUUGAAAAAGAAGAAACCUGAAGAUGCCUUCUGUAUUGUGGGCAUAACAAUGAUUGAUCUUUACCCAAGAGACUCGUGGAAUUUUGUCUUUGGACAGGCCUCUCUGACAGAUGGUGUGGGGAUAUUCAGCUUUGCCAGGUAUGGCAGUGAUUUUUAUAGCAUGCGCUAUGAAGGCAAAGUGAAGAAACUCAAAAAAACAUCUUCAAGUGACUAUUCAAUUUUCAACAACUAUUAUAUUCCAGAAAUAACUAGUGUUUUACUACUUCGAUCCUGUAAGACUUUAACCCAUGAGAUCGGACACAUAUUUGGACUGCGACACUGCCAGUGGCUGGCAUGCCUAAUGCAAGGCUCCAACCACUUGGAAGAAGCUGACCGGCGCCCUCUAAACCUUUGCCCUAUCUGUUUGCGCAAGUUGCAGUGUGCUGUUGGCUUCAGCAUUGUAGAAAGAUACAAAGCACUGGUGAGGUGGAUUGAUGACGAAUCUUCUGGCACACCUGGAGCAACUCCAGAACACAGUCGUGAGGGUAAUGGGAAUUUACCGAAACCCGUGGAAGCCUUUAAGGAAUGGAAAGAGUGGAUAAUAAAAUGCCUGGCUGUUCUCCAAAAAUAAGGACCUUCAAAUAGGAGUGAUUGAAAUAAAUGACUACUUGCAUGUUAUGCUUUCAUUUGGGUGGGAUACUUCAUCAGAAUAAACUACUGAUCUUGUGCUGUGUCAGAGUAACAGACUAGAACCUUCUUUCAGGUACCUGAAUUGAAACUGAAUAAUAAAAACUCUAGAAACUCUUUA